UAAAGAGCCUUAAUCACGUCAACGUCAAACGCACAAACGUGAUGUAAACAAUUUCCGUCGUGAUAUCUCGAUCGGUUUUAUUACCACAAAUUACAUACCGGUGAUCAACAUUCCAGUGAUUUUUCAUCAUCAUUCACUUCUCAUGAUAACUGAAUUGUUUAUUACAUCCCACAACGAUCGAAUGAAUCAUAACCUCAAAAUAUUCAUCGGAUCUUAGCUAUAGCAUAAACCCUAAUUAUAGAUUGACCUAAACUCGUAAAAACAAUUUUAAACCAACCGUCAGAAUCGUUACUUGAAAUAACAUCGAAUGUUCAGACUGUUAUACAACAAUCUUCUGUUCUGUACGUAGACAAUUAAAAAUGAAGAAUUGCUGAUUUGAAGAAUGAUCUCACUCUGCCAAUCAGAUGACAUGCAAUGCAAUGUAGUAAUUACACGGAGUUCCUAAAAUGCAUUUGCUACUGAAGUAAUAGCAAUUAGCAAAAAAGUGACAAGUUUUAAAAGAACAAGAAAAAACUUUCUCCGAAAGAUCUACACCUUCUCGUGUCAGUAUGGCUGUUUUACACAGAGCAUUGUUCACGUGGUUCAAUCUAUUGAUAUUCCUAAUACUCUUGGUGUUGAGACUGGAUCUUAGGAUACAAUGGAAUUGGUUUAUAGUUUUCAUACCAAUGUGGCUGUACGACAACAUUCUAUUAAUCUAUAUAAUAUUUCGCAUGAUAUCGCACUGCAAGAACGGACAUGAUCACAUCAGCAGUCUACGUCGUAAAGCAUGGUACAUGACUGCUGUUCUGACUAAGCUGUCCGGUCAAGGUCUUCUCUGUCUUAAAUUGGAAGCAACGCAAUUGACAUUACCAGCCAAAGUUGUACUCGCCCCCUUGUGGGUUUUACUCCUAACACUAGGGUGCGAUGUCUUUAUCCAUCUCAUUCAACACUCUCGAUACUAACUGUCCAAUAAUGUACAUUAUCACACGGCCAAAGAUCCACAGUGAACAAAUUCACGUCUCCCUGGUUUUUGGUUGUGAAUAACACAUUGCAUCAUUAUUUCUCCACAUAUGUUAUGAAUAAAUUAUUUUUCACCUAAA